UUGCCAAUUUUCUUUUGCAGAAGUUCACAAAUUUUUAGUUUUCUUUUCCAGAAGUAGUGCUUCUUCAGUUUUAGGGAAAACUGAAGCUAGGUUUUCUGAUUCACUGAAGAAGAACGUUGUUGGCCUGGUGAAGUCUAUAGGGUGUAAUCCUCCAUAAAUUGACACGGCUAAUGCUAAGGUUGUUGGUGUUGGAGCAAUACUACAACCUGUUUCUAGUGGUAAAUAGCCAACCAUGAUGAAAAAUAUGCAUAUUUCUAAUGAUAAUGAAACUACUGAUGUAAGUGCAAUCCCCGCUCCAGAAAAAAAAAUCAAGGGAAGAGGAAAGACAACAAGGAUUUCAACCCAAAAGAAACAUAAGGAAAAUGACAAUGGAAAGUUGAAGGUGAUCAUUCCACCAGAUCGAACAGUUGCAGUAGGUCCUGGAGCUAAAGAUUUUAUUACCGAGCUCUCUGUGAAAGUUCUCCAUAAUGCUAGACAUGAUGUGAAGAAUUGGAAGGGAGUUCCUGAUCUAGCAAAGAAUAGAAUUGUUGCUUAUAUGCUGGACACCUUUCAGCUUUCGAACAUACAACACAAUCGUGAUACCAUUCUUCAAACAGCAAAAAAUUUAUAUCAAUAUCGUCGGAGCAGACAUCAUGAUCACUUUAAGAAAUUUUCUACAAAAGAGGAGAGUCUACAAAAUAUACCAACAGAUGGUAAUGAAACUGAAUGGAAAUUCUUGGUAGACUACUUCAGCUCUGAUGAAUUUAAGAAAAUGAGUGAAAGAAACAAAAUAACAAGGCAAAACAAGAAGUGAAUCAUAUUUGCUGGA